AUGCCUGAUGAUGAUGAUGCUGAUACCAUGGUGAGUCAAGAUGAAGAAAUACACUGUUGUUACGAAGUACUUUAUGGUAAAAUUUCUUCGAGAAGGCACAAAAGAUGGCAAGGCGAUGGGUUGUUGUACUGUCGUAAACGUUCUACUAUAUUAGUAACGGAGGAUGGUGAAGAAGUCGCGAGGACAAGUGGUUAUUCAUUUAAGCAGUUAAGGGAAUUGAAAGUAGGCAGUCAACUGAAAGUUAGUAAUUAUGAAGUGGAAGUGCAGAAUGAGCCAAAUCCACAGAAGCUUGCUGAGUUUGGAAAGCAACCAAUAGUUGCUGAAUUGGCGGGAAGCAGUGCAACACAUGACGAGAGUUCGAAAAAACAGCGAAGAAUUACUGAUCAGAUUUUCAUUUCACCACUGUUUGGUCGGGAUAAUCCUCUGGACUUGGUAUUGGAUGAGACGAAAGAUGAUGAUGGUUUUGUACGACGAAUCGCUGUGGAUGUGCAAAUUGCUCGCCACCUGAGGCCACAUCAAAAGGAUGGCGUCGCUUUCAUGUACAGAUGUUUAAAGGAUUCUCAUGGCGGAGCUCUUCUUGCUGAUGAGAUGGGUUUGGGUAAAACUGUACAGACCAUUUCGUUGAUAACUGCAUUAGUCAAAAGACGAUUAAAUCAAAAACCAGUAAUUCGGAAAUGUAUCAUUGUGGUACCGACAUCACUGCUAAAUAACUGGUACGCAGAAUUUAUGAGGUGGUCACCUCAGACACAAACAAUGUUGUUCCGGAUUUUGAAGUCAACAGAUGUGAAAAAGCUAAUUUCGUGUCGGAACACAUCAAUGAUUGUCAUCGUUAGUUAUGAAAUGAUUGCACGCACCGCUGCAAAACUGUCAGUUGUUUCAGUCGAUCUGUUGGUUUGUGAUGAAGCACAUAGGAUUAAAAAUCUGAAUGGAAGACUCCGAGGACAACUUCAAAUUUUGCAUGCCCAGCGUCGUUUAUUGCUGACAGGAACACCAAUGCAAAAUGAUCUGGAAGAAUUCUAUUCAUUGGUUAACUUUGCACGGCCAGAUCUUUUUAUCUCUUUCUCGGAAUUCAAAAAUCUUUGUGAAAUGGAGUCAACUCGUUUCAAUGAAUUGCUAUCCGAGGUGAUGCUUCGCCGAACAUCUGAAGUGAUCCAUGAUUUGCUACCACCAAAAAUUGAUUACAUAGUUUGGUGUCGACCAUCAGCGUUACAAUGCUCUAUAUACAAAAAUUUGAAGAAAUUCCUCCCAUACGAUCACUUGACUUUGAUUGAUGCCUUACGAAAGUUAUGUAAUCACCCGUUUCUUCUUUAUCAGAGUAUGGUAGUGAAACGUCAAACUUGUAAGAUGGAAGAAAGGGAAUUUUAUAAUGCAUUUCUUCAAUCAUUUCCGAAUACUUUCAAUUCUUUUUCUCUUUCAACCACUGACUCAGGCAAGCUUAAUGUGUUUGUCGAGUUACUGGCAACAUUUCGAGAACAGGAAGAAAAAGUGGUCAUUGUUUCCAAUUUCACCCAGACUCUUGAUCUCUUGGAGGAGCUUUGUCGAACUUUAUAUUAUACUAUUCUACGAUUAGAUGGAUCAACAGAAGCGAAAAAAAGAAUGGAAAUUGUUGAAGAAUUCAAUUCUUUAUCAAAUAAGAAUUAUGCAUUCUUAUUGAGUGCUAAAGCAGGUGGACUUGGCUUAAAUCUCGUUAGUGCUAAUCGAAUGAUUUUGUUCGAUUCGGACUGGAAUCCAGCUGUGGAUAUGCAAGCCAUGGCUCGUAUUUGGCGACAAGGACAAGAAAGACCAUGUCACAUUUUUCGACUUAUCACAGCGGGUACUGUGGAUGAAAAGAUUUUGCAAAGACAAAUCAAAAAAAGCAGUCUCAAUACAAUAGUUGAAAUGGUCCCAGUUGAAUCACUUACGCAUUUUUCUGAUGAAGAAUUGCAAGAUGUUUUUACACUUCGUGAUGAUGCUGAAUGUGAAACACAUUUUUUAUUGGAAUGCCAAUGCGACGGACGUGGUCUUUUGCCAGAAGAACUGGAAGUCGAUCAAGAAAUAAGUUCUGAUGAGAAUUCUGCAUUCUAUCCGGAUGUUACUACAUACAGCGAAGGAAUGGAUGAAAAUUACGACCACACGUCAGUUGCAGAAGAUUCUCUGCAGCCAUCAUCUAAUUCUUUAAUGCAGAAUUGCAUCGAUACGAUCCAUUUUGCUUCCACUACCUACGAAGUGCAUGAAGAUGACGCUGGAAAUAAAAUAUUGGGAGACGAAGCGGCAUUAUCAUCGAGCGCGUUGAUGGGAACAUUGAUGCGUUGGCAGCAUCACUCCCCAAAACAUGACCAGUUUGAAUCUUUGAAAGCUGAGGCUGAUUUGGAAGAAUGCUGUCUAGAUGAAGUUUCGUUCAUAAUGAAGCUGGUCUCGAAUUUCUGA